AUGACAGCCGCCUCUUUGACACUCUCCCCUCUGCACUUCAGGUUAGAAUUUUCCAGGGUACCAGACAGCACCCAGGUAAGCCAAGAGUUGCGUCCUGGGCCUAUGGCGACCCUAAACCCACCUAUUUACACGCAUCGCUCCUUGAUUUCGCUCCUAUUCCUUUCCCAGAAGACUUCCGUGCAUUCUUGGAUUCGAAGCACAUGGGAACCUCCCCCCGCCCCCGUCGUUUUCAGGGAAACUUGUUGUCAAGUAUGCUCCGAUCCUAGGUAGAUUUAUUCAACAGAAAUCAAAGUAAGUCCGACAGCUUUUCCUCCCAUUAAUUUCAAGGGGGCUUGCCCGAUCCUUCUAACCCACUUAUGUCCUUGUAAGCCCACAUUCGUACCAGCGAACACGGUACGAAUCCGGUUUAAGUCUCAGGAGGAAGCAAGCGCCUUUGAUUAGCGCACGCUGUGACAAUCAGUUUAUGAAAUCGGCUUAAGUGAUUUGCAGAUCGAGCUUCUAGGAACAUUUAUCGCUUCCUUGAACAGCUUUUACUUGGAAGCAGGCCCCCACUGGUGUAAGUGGAACUUCAUUCCGUGGAAAGUGAGCUUGGAGAGAUGGCCCACUUGGAAAGCCCAUCAUAGGGAGACUUACCUCUGAGUAAAAGGUACAUAGAAGAGGGCUGCACGUUGUUCAAUUUCCUGUUUCAGACUGAAGGGUGUCAAACUUCACUCCUCAAGCCACUUACGCCAAAGAUAUUGGGCAUAAGCAAAUGAUUGACAUCCCAGAUCCUUUACACGUUUACCUGAAGGUAAACGCCAGGGAUGUUCAAGAACUUUGCUGUCAUUCCUCAGGUGGCGGUGAGAGACUUAACAGCGAGUUUCAGAAGCUCUGGAGUCCCAGCCAAUCUAAAAGGGAGAAUUAGUAUAUUGGCCAAAGCUGGAGGGGGUCCUGGGAUCCGCUCUGUGCUGUUUGACAUCUCGCUUCCCUGGCUCAAGCGCUAAUCACAAAAGGCCAAUUAAAAGCCCAUUGCCUCCGAUUAAUCAGACCUUUCGCUUUCAAGUGCUGCUUCUCUUCCCUCCGCGCUGCGCUUUAAUGGCUGAGAGCGUCCUAGCAGGACAAGCUCCGGCAAGGAGCGAGGUUAUUGCUCGGGGUCACCAGGUCCUCUAAACUCCGACUUCCACGGCGCAGCGGGGGCUAUUUGGAGAAGUAAAUCAAUUGAUAUAUGAUGAGCUCUAAGUAGUUAUGAAACACUGGAGGGGAAAGAGGGGAGAGCGGCGGGGCUGGAUCAAUGGGAUGGGCGCGGGAAGAGGCGAGCCGAGCUUCCCGUCUCAUUUCCUAACCUCACGCCUAAGCGGUUCGCCUUUGGGGCUGGGGGCGAAGAUCAUUCAUUAUCCAGAGGUGACCGGCCAGCGCGCUCAGAGAAACUGAGCGCUCGGGAGAUGUCGGCCCAGCCUCUCUGCACACGCUACGGGACAUCUCGUUUACUUCCGAGAAAGCAGGCGGAAGGGGAACUGAAAUGAAAGGAAGCCCCACUUUAGAAUCCGGAGUCCCCCCCCCACACACACACAAACGAAUCUGGGGCCGACAGAGUAAAGCUUAAAUCAUCAGGGGCUCUCCAGAGCCCAAACCACAAAAGACUAGGGAACAAAGGUGUUUCCAUACCGGCGGCACCUUAACACGUGUUCCUGGGAGUGUACCCAUUAGGUGCAGGCAUAGAAUUGUUGGAAGGGACUCCAGGGUCAUCACAGCAUCAUAGAAUUGUGGUUUUGGAAGGGAUCCAAGGCUCUUCUAGUCCACCCUCCUGCAAUGCAGGAAUCUCAGCUAAAGCAUCCAUAACAUAACUCACGGUCCUGAGAGAGUCUCCUGCUCUACCGACAGAGCUACCCCAGUCGCCUGAGCCUAGGCAUGUGUACUAGGGAAUAAGUCUCUUUGAAUUGGGUGAGGCUUCGUCCCAGAGACCCGCGUAUGCGUCGGUCUGCAGGCAGCUGAACUUCCAAGCACAUACGGUUUUCCGGUCGGAUCCCACUCUGGCGUGCUCACCUCACAGCAAGGCAUACCCAAAUGAAACGGAAUCAGUCUGGGAUCGCGAUCCUAACCUCUGCCGCUCAUUUCUGGAGUUUACUUUUAUUAUAAUCACAAGCAUUCACAUUCUUUGCCACAAAACCGGGCUCUGCCUUGGUUGUAGAGUUGCCAUCUCCAGCCUCAAUAUCGCAGGACCGUCUCCAAGCUCAAGCAAGGGGACGCGGUCAGAGCAGGGAACUUUUAAUCUCAGGGUUCGUGAAUUCGAGUCCCAUGUUGGACGAAAAGAUUCCCGCUUCUAACUCUACGAUUCUAUACUUCCUCAGAUCCACGAGACUUACUCCCAGGUAAGCAAAGGUUUGCGCCACUGGGUUUAGGAUCAGAGCGAGAACGGCAAAAGCUACUGAUGGGAGUGGCCUCCGUACCCAGACGAUCGAAAAAUAUCAAGGCAGUAUCCGAGAUGGUCAGUGCAGGAGUUGGUGUAUAUCUGCGCAUGCGCACAGACCCCUGCAGAAAACCCGCCACUGGGGCCUCGCAAUAGCCUUCCAACCCGAGUUGGAAAAUAAUCGAAGUGGGAAACGCUCCAUAAUUCUCUCCAUGCGCCCGUCCAUUAGGCUGCAAUCCUAAACAUACUUAAUAUCAAGCCGCAAUCCUAAACAUGCAUAAUAAAAAGCCCUGCAAAUUGGGAGUGACUUCUGCAGAAAUAUGUAUUCGCUUGCCCUGCUAGAAGUCAGUCCACUGGAAUUAACGCGAAGACUAGGGGAAGCAAGCCGGGAAGCGGAGGGUUCUGAUCUAGCUUUCUCAUUGACAUGCUAGUUGUCUACGUGCAGGGAGCGUUAGCUUUAUCUGGAAAAGCAUUUAGUCGCAAGGUACACAGGCUUACCACCUCUGGGAAAACUAGGCCAGAACUUGGGGAGAACUUCAGUCUCAAAAGACAAGUCUAACUGGAGUGACAACCUGCUCAGGCUCCUUUUCACCCCAGUUAGACAUGUCUUCCGAGACUGAGGUUUGCUUCCUGGCUGACCUCUCCCGAAGCCUGUUUAAAGCACUCCAGACUUCCUAAGAAGCGCGUGUGGAGGCGGCGGGGUGGAAUUCUGGGUGAACCUCGCCCCACCUCCGAGUCUAGGUCUGACGUCCCAGGAGCAACCUCUUCUGGGUCGGAAGUUGACUGGUGCACGUUUGCGCCCCAGAACGAAACCGAACCAGAUCAAAGGCGCGCCCCCAAAUGCAACCAAGGCCUCCAGCUGCGACCGGGGCGCCCUGCUCUGA